CCUGCACUUCUGUUGCAAGAUGACUUCGGCUAGAUCCAGUGGAUCCAUUGUUGGAGUGUGAAAAGCAGCUGAAGCCCCCCGGGCCGACGAUGCCUCCUCCAUUGUUGCCCGGCAUGCCUCAAAGCUGUCAAUAAGCUUCUCUAUUUCUCUUUCUCCUUGCCAUCUCCCUUUCUUGCGUCGACUUUCCUCAAAGGUAUCCGGCUCUCAGAAUUCAGGCUGCCUGUUGCUACCGGCCACACAUAUUCGCUUGCGCUUCGAAAGGACGCGGACGAGCUGACCACCCAAGAUGCCGUUCGGCUCAGACAUGGACGCCUGGGAUGGCAUUUACUACAUGUCCGCCUCAGAAGAAUCAGGCGCACAAACUACGGGUUCUGCUCGGCCUUCCUCGGAACUCGACCAUGGUGGCAACGCUCAUCCACGAGCCAGCUUCUUUGGGGGCUUCAUCGGUUCGUCUCGUGCCGUUCGAGGCAGCAGCGAGCUGCAAAGUGCCAUAGCGCCGGCUCUCGAACGCUCAUCCGGGCACAGCAGCAGGCGCUCAGAAUUGGACGACGUCGACUACGAUAUGCAAAAAGAGGACUUCAUUCCGUUCUCAUCAGAGCUGGGUCCACGCCAGGAAGACAUGGAUUCUGCAUUGCAAAGGCCUUUUUCUACAACUUUAAAGGACGCUAAAAUGUCGGCAGGCCCUGCAGCUGCGACUUCAUAUCUCAAUGGCGGCCUAGAAACAGCGGCUGGAUUGCAUGCAUCGUACAGCCUACCCCUCGAGACCACAUCGACCGUCGCAGCGGAACGGCAACAACGGGACCCGCGCAGAGCCAAGAGUAACUUGAAGAGUCCGCUUGCACUGGUGGAGCGACGACGAGCGACAACUUGGCUUGGGCUCACCUUUGGUGAAAUCAAGCUGCUUGCGUUGGCGGGUGCCGGCUUCAUGAUGGACUCCUACGACCUCUUCAUCAUCAACUUGAUCUAUCCAAUCCUCCUGCGCGUAUAUUAUCCGGCGGAGCAGACUCAGCUGGACUGGGGCUUAUCCGGGGGUGUGCUCAAGGCCAGCGCCAACAUGGGAAAUGUCAUCGGCCAGCUGCUUUUUGGUUUCUUGGGUGACUUUUGGGGACGAAGCGUCUUGUACGGCAAGGAGCUAGCUCUUGUGAUCUUUGCCAUCAUUUUGAUGAUUUCCGCACCGGACCAACUCGGUGGCCUUGGCGUCACCAUCUGGAUCUGUGUCUUCCGUGCGCUGAUGGGGAUCGGCAUUGGUGGCGACUAUGCACUCAGCGGCUGCAUCGUUGCAGACAGAGCGAGCCUCAAGACGCGUGGCGUUCUUCUCGCCAUCAUCUUCUCGAACCAAGGCUGGGGUACAUUGGCAGGUUCGCUGAUGUCCAUCAUUGUCAUUUCCGCUUACAAGCCAUCCGUGAUUGCGGGUGAUGUCCAGAAUCUUGGAGGCGCGUGGCGCAUCUUGCAAGGCGCUGUCCUCGUCCCAUCUUUUAUCGUUCUUUACUUCCGUCUGACGCUGGUCGAAUCGUCGAGAUUCGUGCAGGCUCGGUACCUUCAGGACCAUCCAGACUACGUCAGUAAAGCUUCAGCAGCUGGUCUAGUCAUUGUGAAGGAUGUUAAGGACGAGGAAAUCGCCAUGGUGGACAUGCCCCCCGAUAGUCCCAUGCGCUUCAAACAAUCUUUCUCGCCUUCCAGCCGUGCCGACGGGCCUGCCCAAAUCUUUUCCAGCACCUCACCUGGCUUCGACGCCCUCAGCCACGACAGAGCUCACACAUUGCAUAAACUUGAUAUGCAUGGCCAGCAGAAGCGCGGACCAUCUGCGCAAGAGGUGCGUGAGGCGCUUCGCAACGCCAUGGCCAACGCCAAAGGAUGGCAUUUCAAGAGCGUCGGUUUGCCGCACAAUGAGUUCUGGAAGUACUUCAAGGAGUGGACACAUUUCCGUCGUCUGUUAGGCACAACCCUGUGUUGGUUCUUGGUGGACAUUACCUUCUACGGAAUCAACCUCAACCAGACAAGUUUGUUGGCGGCUCUCCACUACACACAGGGAGAUAUUUGGACUCAACUCAUGAAGACGGCCACCGGAAAUCUCAUUGUCGUCCUAGCUGGCUUCCUUCCUGGCUACUUUAUCACCAUCGCUCUGAUCGAAACUCGACUAGGUCGCAAGAAGAUCCAGAUGCUCGGUUUCUUUGUGAAUGCCGUCAUGUUCCUCAUCCUCGCCUUGAUCUACCCCAGGCUCGAAACGCAGCCGGUUGCUUUCUUCAUCUGCUUCGUCAUCCUCCAACUCUCCUUCAACUUUGGUGCGAAUGCAACCACGUUCAUCAUCCCUGCCGAGCAGUUCCCAACCAAAGUUCGCGCUACGGCGCUCGGCGUCUCUGCAGCCUGCGGUAAGCUUGGCAGCAUCAUUUCCGCGCUCGGUUUCAGCACACUCGCGUCUUCGAACUCGAUUGGUCCCACUGGCGUCUUCUGGAUCUUUCUUGGCGUGUCCAUCGCAGGGCUCAUUGCUACUGUCUUGCUCAUCGAAGAGACGAGAGGCUUUGACCCAGACGCGUUGGAUCGCGAAGAAAUGGUGCAGCGGCGGUUACGUUAGAUAGAGUUUCGAUUUUGCGCAGAACAACUCCGUGAUGAUACCUCAUUUAGUUUCGGAUGUGAACUAUGUUAUCUUUUCCUUGCUUUGAUUCGACAUACAAGAUACACUGCUGGUUACUUUGCAUAUAUCCUCACCGCACUCGAUUGUCGCAAGGCCCAACCCCCCGGCCUUAUCGAUCAUCACCGAUGAAAGCGCCCUGCAGUCCCCUGCUCACGUUUGAAACGUGUGCGUCUGUAAUACCAAUACGGACAGUUGCUCAAUUUGAUGCUGGAAUACUA